AUAUUAUUUUGAUGGGCCGGGAACAUUAAUCAGAGAGAACACAAUGUGGUACAGCAAUAAUUGAGGGGGGUUUUUUUGUAUGAUGAAAAUGAGAGUCUUGUUGUGAACAUUUGGAGUUGUAAAGGAAUACUCGAGUUAUAUAAGCUACACCCAUAUUAUUCCGUAUCUCUCUCACACACAACACACGCAACUUUGUGCACAGAUAGAGAUAAUGAAGGUGAGAAAUUAUAUAAAUGAAGAAAUAUAGAGGUUCAAAAUUAAUUAUAGAUUCAACUACUACUUCUGCGCGCUCAAGCUUUGUCAAAGGAAGAAAACAUUCAAAUAUUUGAAUUUAACAGAGUGAAAAUGGAGUACGAGAUUGCGGGAAUUGUAGUAGCCCUGCUGCUGUGGGCAGCAUGGGCGGUGUCGACCGAGCGGCGCCACCGCCGGCUGCCGCCAGGGCCGAGGCCGUGGCCGGUGGUGGGAAACAUGCUUCAGCUGGCGAGGAGCGCGUCGGCCCCCCACCAAUCAUUCGCCGAAUUGGCCGGAAAGCACGGCGCCGUGAUGACCCUCUGGCUGGGCUCCAUGACGACGGUGGUCGUCUCCUCCGCCGAGGCGGCGCGCGCCAUGUUCAAGCACCACGACGCGGCCUUGGCGGGGCGGAAGAUCUACGAGUCCAUGAAGGGCGACGUCGGCAACGAGGGCUCGCUCAUCACCGCCCAGUACGGCCCCCACUGGCGGACGCUCCGCCGCCUCUGCACGGCCGAGUUCUUCGCCGCCGGCCCCCUCGACGCCAUGCGCGGUGUCCGGGCCAGGUGCGUGGCCCAGAUGCUGCACUACGUGAGGGAGGCCGCCGCCGCGGACGACGGCGCCGGCACCGACGUCGGUCGGUUUUUCUUCUUGAUGGCGUUCAACCUCAUCGGAAACCUGAUGUUCUCGAAGGAUCUGUUGGAUCCGGCGUCGGAGAGAGGGGCGGAAUUCUUCUACCACGCCGGGAAGACGAUGGAGUUCGCCGGGAAGCCGAAUAUGGCGGAUUACUUUCCGGCGCUGAGGUGGGCCGACCCACAGAGGAUAAGGAGGCGGACGCAGUUUCAUGUGAAACAGGCGUUCAACGUCGCCGGAGAAUUCUUGAGAGAGAGGAUGAGAGAGAGAGAUGAAGAUGUGGAGAAGAAGAAAGAUUACUUGGAUGUGCUUUUGGAAUACAAAGGUGACGGCGUCGAAGGGCCCGCCGUCUUCUCUUCAACCAUCAUCAACGUCAUCGUCUUUGAGAUGUUCACGGCGGGGACCGACACCACCACCAGCACACUAGAGUGGGCAAUGGCGGAGCUCCUCCGCAACCCCGACGCCCUCCGGAAAGUCCAGGCGGAGCUCCGAGGCGUGAUCGGGGCAGGGGAAAAGGUGGAAGAGGAGAAGCUAGAGGAGCUGCCAUACCUGAAAUCCGUGAUCAAAGAAACCCUAAGAUUGCAUCCGCCGCUGCCAUUCCUAGUCCCCCACAAAGCCAUGGAGUCCUGCGAAAUGCUAGGGUUUCACAUUCCCAAAGAAACACAGAUCCUUGUGAACGUGUGGGCCAUCGGGAGAGACCCCAAGAGGUGGAAGGAUCCGCAGGAAUUUAAGCCGGAGAGGUUCAUGGACGGCGACACGGCGGCGGACUACAAGGGCCACCACUUCGAGUUCAUACCGUUCGGGUCGGGGCGGCGGAUGUGCCCGGCGGUGCCGCUGGCGGCGCGGGUGCUGCCGCUGGCAUUGGGAUCGGUUCUGCACUCGUUUGAUUGGGUUUUGGGCGGCGGAAUGAAGGCGGCGGAGAUGGAUAUGAGAGAGAGGAUGGGAAUUACGCUCAGGAAAGCUGUGCCCUUGAGGGCUAUACCCAUUCCAUAUCAUCAAGCUCAUUUCUAAAACCUCAAAUCAUCAUCAUCAUAUGUAUUUCAAUGUUGAUUUAGAUGAUGCCUUCAUUUUUAGGAACGAAUAAUUGGUGGUUGUUAAUUUGUUAGGAUUGCUGGAGUGAAAUCCUUUGUCAAACAUCUACUUCCUUGUAUCAAAAUUAUUGCUACGAAUGUUUACUUUUCUUAAAUAAAAGAGAUGUUAAUUUCGAAAA